UGCACUGGGAAGGGCCUUAUUAACCUCUGGACCUCUCGAGAGCAAUUCAAGGGAGCCUCCACUUCGCUUGGCCACUGCGAUGGCCGCCGAGAUGGCGAUCGUGUUGGCCGGCGGCCCAAUCAUCAGUUCGGUGAGUUCGCUGCUCUCGGUGAUCAGCUGCAUCACAACGGCGGUGAGUAAGGCGAGAGAGUGCAAGGACAGGUGCCUGGAUCUGGGCCAGCGGGUUCGGCUGCUGAGGACAAUUCUUCCCGGGUUCUCCUCAGCGGCGGCGAACGACCGUGGCACGGCCCGCGCGCUGUCGAGGCUCGGGGAGGCCCUCCUCGGCGCGCUGGAGCUUGUUCAAUCCUGCGACCGCGAGAGGCGCCAGUUCUUAUUCAUUUUCAGCGCCGAGGAGACGCACGCUAAGUUUGACGUCGUCAGGAAGAAGAUCGACAGCUGCCAAGGUGAUCUCUUACUUGCUGUUGCUGCCCACUAUUGCCGCCAUCUUCGAACACCCAUCGUCUACAACAUACGCAUAGACAGCGCGGUAUUACAUGUCCUUGUCCACCCACGAGGAGGAGCAGCAUCGUCAUCGGCUCCCCCGCAGCCCGAGGAACGGCGACAUCGACACGGCGAGGCCACUCUUGCACGCACAGCGACGACAAGAACCAGCCACAGCUACCGCGACAUCAUAAUUAGUAACGUGCAAAUUGCACCACGAGUGCGAGAAGCAGCACCCUCACGUCCGGACGAACGGCGUCCACACGGCCGGACUACUCCGCCCCUUCAACUUCUGGCUGGUUCCUACGAGAGGCCAUCUCGUCGUCCUCUCUCUUAUGCCCCGGCGGAGGCACGGGUCGCCGGCCCCGGCGCACAUCGCGGCGACAGGGUUGAGCCAGCGCUGACGCGACCGUCCCAUCGGAUGACGCUCAGGGAAACACCAUUCGCCCAUGCUGCUGCUCCCUCGGCGCCUACUCCAGUGGUGCCCGGCCGUGGACGAGCUACUGGACCUAGUGCUGCCGCGACGACUCCCGCAGUUGCUGAUGCGAUUGCGCGUGCGCUGGCCAAUCAGCGCAGCGAUGGCAGAGGUUGAUCGGCCGGCCGCCGCAUCCCCGCGGCCAAACCAAAAUGACUACGCAGAUCUGUGAGGAGGUCCAAAAAUUUGUCGUUGCCAGAAGCCUGGACGCUGGUUAAUGUAGUAUUGUAGUUUUACCUGCGUAUUUUCUACUAGCUGGAAGCCUCUCUUGAGUGUUAAAUUGUCAAUGAUAAGUUUGUUGGAACUGUAAGAGCAGGAACGGAUGAGUUUCAUGAUGGUACUUUCUUCCUCAAAACAUAGAAAGAGAUACCAUCUUGUACUAUACACUACAUAUGCCGUUGUACCGAUACAAUACAAAAUGGGUAUAUAUUGUAUAUGUACGGUUGUCUGUAGUGUAAAUACAAUACAAGGUGGAUAUACGUUUCCCCUUCUAUGUUUUGUGAAGGAGGGUUUACCGAAGCAAAAAUGUAACUUUAUACUAGAGCUAGUGUAAAAUUAAAACAAUUAUUUUAGAAGAGAGACAAUACUUGUUAAGUAUGAGCAUUCAAUGUUUUUU